AUGACGUAUGGUACCUUCGUCGAGGAGCUUUUCGCAUGCCUUUUCAUCAGAAAUUUGAAAACGAGUGAUAGAUCGUUGGAAUUUCGCCAGUUAAGAGCCUCCUUGGUGAAGAGGAUGCAUGAGAUUUUAGCUUCAUUAUCCUCUCGAGGAUCUGUGGUUAUUUCUCCGGACUCGGUGCAUAUUAUUGGGACACCGCAGGAGUUUUAUGAACAACUUAUGAUUAAUGAAUUAAGUGGGGCACUGAAACGGCAAGAAGGUUUAGAAGUAACAGUUCUUAUCGAUUAUUUUCGAGGGACGAGAGGAGGAAUAAAAAGUUCUCUGAAUUUAUUAAAAAGGCUAUUACCGAGAGCCUCGAUUUACUUGUUUCAUACUCCAAUGUUAAGAGGAUGGUUAAGAAAACUUCUUCCAGAAAGGUCAAAUGAAAUUAUUGGAUUACAACACAUGAAGUUAUAUAUCUUUGAUGAUAGUGUUAUUAUAAGUGGAGCCAACCUUUCUGAAACGUACUUCACAAACCGUCAGGACAGAUAUAUUUUGUUUGAACAUUGCAAGGAGCUGGCUGAUUUUUUAGAGAAACUUAUUCAAAUAAUAUCUUCAUGUUCUUUUCAACUGAAACCUGAUGGAAAUUUGGCCUUGCAUGACAACUGUACUGUACAUCCUGCAGAAGGUUCUGCUAUCAAAUACUGGGAAAUGGCACACAAUCGUUUAUUCCAACACUUGAAUUCUUUGCCAGUAGAAGAAAAUAUAAAUUUUGAUUCUGAGUGUACUCGUGUUUAUCCUCUUCUACAAAUGGGAGUUUUCGGAAUCAAUCAAGAACAUGAUUUCCUUAUCCACCUUUUUUCUUUGAAGGAUUGUACUGUAAAAAUAACUAUUGCAUCAGGAUACCUCAAUUUUGUUGAAGAUUAUAUCAAGUUGAUCUCUAACUUUGGAACUUAUUCGAUGGACAUUGUUUUUGCCUCUCCGCAGGCAAAUGGUUUUCAUGAGGGUUCUGGGAUGUCUGGAUAUAUUCCUGCUAUGUAUGUCAAUUUAUCAAGACAGUUUUUUUGUUCUGCGAGAGAUAAGGUGCGCUUGUUUGAGUAUUCAAGACCUUCAUGGUCAUUUCACGGCAAAGGUCUUUGGAUAGAAUCAGCUAGUUCAAACAUUGUUGCAACUCUUGUUGGCUCGUCUAAUUAUGGGUAUCGAUCACUCGGACGUGAUCUCGAGGCACAGGUUUUGAUUGUCACCAAUAAUGAGGACCUAAGAUCUCGACUAAAACAGGAACAUAAACGCCUCUUUGAACAUAGUUCAUUAGUGGAUGGUUCGACAUUUUUGCGCCCUGAUCAUAGAAUUCCGCUGUGGAUACGAAUGGUUGCUGUUUAUCGCUUCACGGAGAUCCAUCUUGGAAGUUUUAUAGCACGUUUGAAACUCUUACAGACUUUGGUAGCUGUGGAACUGUGUAGGUACUUUAAUCGUUUGAUUGGAGUUAUUGCAAUGGAUGAGUCAAACAAAUUAGUGCGUGUAGGCUAUCUGUCAUUUUGGGGUGCUCGUCGAAAUCGUUUUAUGAAAUUAGAGGAUGUCGUACCACUGAGCGACACUGUUUCGAAUACAAGUGACGUCAUAGUAAAAUUUCACCAAUAUUCAAGGUACUUCUUCUUUAUUUUGUGA